CUUACUUAAAUUUUCGAUUUUUAUUCUUCUUCUUCUUCUUUUUCAAUUGUUUGUAGCGUUGUUGUUCCUGUCGCUUACUGCAUGACGCAUUUGAACGCCACAAACAGUUAAAAGGUUCCAUUUUUUCCAGAUUAAGUUUGUUGCCCAGCAGAAAUUGAUACCAUUCCUAGCGAUUUAGGGGAAAAAAAAUACCAAACCCAGAAAACAAAAUCUCAGAAACGGCGAAAGUUUAUAGCUUUUUAACUUUGGGAGUGGUCUUCUUCUUGAAGAUGUUCAUGGCGAUUUAUCUUCUCUCUUCUCAAAUCGAGAUGAUGUUCAGAAACAAAAACCCUUUCUUCAUCGUGUGUCUGAAUAAAAAAACCCUAAUAAAUCCGAGUAAAGAGUUGUCUGAGGAUGAGUGAGAUGAUCAGGGUUUUAGGGAGUUGAAAAUUCUGUCACGAAAAGCUUGAUUGCCUCCCCCUGGAGAUAUGGAGACAUCUUCAUCUCUGCCAUUGUCACCCAAAAGUAUAAAACCAGAACAGCCCAGCCAUCGAGAUUAUGCCAUCACUACUAGACUUGGGGUUGGAACUACAGGCAACCCAAUAGAAUUGUGCACCAAUCACUUCAAUGUUUCUGUGAAACAGCCGGAUGUAGUAUUUUACCAGUACACUGUUAGUAUCACCACAGAAAAGGGUGAUGAUGUCAAAGGAAAAGGAAUAGGCAGAAGGCUUAUGGAGCAACUAUUCAAGACUUACUCUUCUGAUCUUAAUGGUAAAAGGUUGGCAUAUGAUGGAGAAAAGACUUUAUAUACUGUUGGUCCUCUGCCACAGAACGAAUUUGACUUUCAAGUCAUCUUGGAAGGUUCAUUUUCAAAACGGGAUUGUGGUGUCUCUGAUGGUGGUAGUCCUUCCAGUACUUGCAAAAGAUCAAAACGUUCUUUCUUGCCAAGAAGUUACAAGGUUCAGAUACAUUUUACUGCAAAAAUACCGUUGAAGUCUGUUCUUGUCAAUCAGAGAGGAGCCGAUACACCAGAUAAGAGUGAUCAGGAUGCACUUAGAGUGCUUGACACCGUACUGAGGCAGCAAGCAGCUGAAAGGGGAUGUCUUUUGGUCAGGCAGGCAUUUUUCCAUAACAAUGGGUACGCCUUUGAAGUUGGAGGAGGUGUAAAAGGUAUUCGAGGUCUCCACUCGAGCUUUCGUCCAACCCAUGGAGGACUCUCGCUUAACAUUGAUGUGUCAACAACAAUGAUCUUAGAACCGGGCCCAGUUAUUAAAUUCCUGUUAGCCAAUCAGAGUGUUGAGUCACCACGACAAAUCGACUGGAUUCAGGCCGCUAAAAUGCUUAAACAUAUGCGGGUAAAGGCAUCACACAGUAACAUGGAAUAUAAAAUUAUAGGCCUAACUCAGAAGCCGUGCAAUCAGCAACUGUUUUCAAUGAAGAUUAAAGAUGGUGAACAUAAAGGACAGCCUAGAGAGAUUACUGUGUAUGAAUAUUUCAAGCAAACUUACACAGCGCCUAUUUCUUCUGCGUACUUGCCAUGCCUUGAUGUUGGCAAGCCAAAUCGCCCCAUCUAUCUUCCACUGGAGUUUUGCAAUCUUGUAUCUCUGCAACGUUAUACAAAAGCAUUGUCAGGGAGGCAAAGAGCUUCACUUAUUGAAAAAUCUAGACAAAAACCUUUAGAGAGAAUUAAAACACUCAAUGAUGCAAUGUGUACCAACUGCUACGACGAGGACCCAUUUUUGGCUGGAUGUGGCAUCUCCAUUGAAAAACAAAUGACUCGAGUUGAAGGCCGGGUUCUUAAGCCCCCAAUGCUAAAGUUUGGCAAGAAUGAAGAUUUUGAGCCUUGCAACGGACGGUGGAACUUUAACAACAAGAUGCUUCUAGAACCAAGACCUAUUAAAAACUGGGCUAUCGUUAACUUUUCUUCUCCAUGCGACAGUAGUUACAUUUCCCGUGAGCUUAUAAGCUGUGGCAUGAGGAAAGGCAUUGAAAUUGAUCGACCUUUUGCACUAGUUGAAGAGGAUCCACAGUAUAAAAAAACAGGUCCUGUUGAAAGGGUAGAAAAAGUUAUUGCAAAGAUGAAAUUAAAAUUUCCAGAGCCUCCUCAUUUUAUCCUCUGUGUCCUGCCAGAACGAAAAACUUCUGAUAUCUAUGGUCCCUGGAAGAAAAUAUGCCUCACUGAAGAAGGGAUCCACACACAAUGCAUCUGCCCUACUAAGAUUAAUGACCAAUAUCUCACCAAUGUACUUCUGAAAAUAAAUUCAAAGCUUGGAGGCAUCAAUUCUCUGUUGGGAAUGGAGUACUCUUACAACAUUCCAUUGAUAAACAAAAUUCCCACCUUGAUUUUGGGUAUGGAUGUAUCUCAUGGCCCUUCAGGUCGGGCAGAUGUUCCUUCGGUAGCAGCGGUUGUUGGUUCAAAAUCCUGGCCCUUAAUCUCAAGGUAUAGGGCAGCUGUAAGAACUCAGUCACCACGUCUGGAGAUGAUUGAUUCGCUCUUCCAACCUAUCGAGAACACUGAGAAAGGAGAUAACGGUAUCAUGAACGAACUAUUUGUAGAGUUCUACCGGACAAGCAGGGCACGGAAGCCUAAGCAGAUUAUCAUUUUCAGGGAUGGUGUGAGUGAAUCACAGUUCAACCAAGUCUUGAACAUCGAGGUGGACCAAAUUAUUAAGGCCUAUCAACGUCUUGGUGAAUCUGAUGUGCCAAAAUUCACUGUCAUUGUGGCUCAAAAGAACCAUCACACCAAGUUGUUUAAAGCUAAGGGUCCUGAAAAUGUUCCUGCAGGGACUGUCGUGGACACCAAGAUCGUACACCCAACAAACUAUGAUUUUUACAUGUGUGCUCAUGCAGGAAUAUUAGGAACUUCAAGACCGGCUCAUUACCAUGUUUUACUUGAUGAGAUUGGUUUCUCCCCCGAUGACUUGCAGAAUCUCAUCCAUUCUCUCUCCUAUGUCAACCAACGUAGCACAACUGCAACUUCGAUAGUGGCCCCAGUGCGGUAUGCUCACCUUGCAGCAGCUCAGUUUGCGCAAUUCACAAAGUCUUAUGACAUAUCGGAGGACGGGAAAGUUCCAGAGCUUCCACGCCUGCACGAGAAAGUCGAAAGCAACAUGUUCUUCUGCUGAGUAACAUACAACCCAAUCUUUUCUUGAGGGGAAAGUUUAUCAUUUUGCAUAUAUCAUCAGCAUCAUCAUCUACUGUAGUACGGUUUCAUUUUAGAAAUUUAGAACUUAGAAGUAUGGAGGCGAAAGAGCCUUGGCGUAGAUUAUUGAAAAAGAGGCUCUCAAGUUUUGCUUACCAAACGACAGCGAUUGUUGCGUUUUGUUGCUUUUCUCCUUGAUUAUAAUAAUGUUUUUGGAUUUUAGUAAUUCCUGUCUUGACGACGGUAAAGUGAGUCUUUCA